AAUAGGUGCGCUCGGCGGCUUUGCUGAAUGUAGUGGGCGCUGAAAGCAGAUUUCCCCACAGUUUUAAAUGCGCUUCGGAGUAUCUGCAACGUUUUGCCAGUUUCGUCGUCUACUCUGAAAAUUAUAUGAUGGCUUUUACUGAAGCAAGAUGCGACUUUACAUAUUCAAAAAUGAGAAGGAUUGUAUCAGUUCUUGCCGGUUUCAUCAAGGAGCGAAAACUUGGUUGGAACGAAUUAAUUCAGAAGCUAAUUUUGACUUCCGGUUUAUAUCCGCGGUCUUACUUCAGAACGUACCUAAAGAUUGACGGGAACCAUAAUGAGGAGGCUGAAGGAGGAUUCAAAGCAAAUUCGCCGUCCCUGGCUGAGGACAGCCAAGUCAGACCUUGUGACUUUGACUACCUCAGGGUCAUUGGCAAAGGAAGCUUCGGCAAUGUUCUCCUGGCCAGACACAAAGAAACUUCCCAGUAUUAUGCUGUGAAGGUCCUUCAGAAGAGGAUUGUACUGAAGAAGAAAGAGCAAAAGCAUAUCAUGGCCGAGCGCAGUGUUCUCCUGAAGAACCUACGGCACCCCUUCCUGGUGGGCCUGCACUACUCCUUCCAGACUUCUGACAGGCUCUACUUUGUGCUGGACUAUGCCAAUGGUGGAGAGCUAUUUUGCCACCUCCAGCGCGAGCGGGUGUUCCUGGAACCACGUGCCCGGUUUUAUGCAGCAGAGAUAGCUGGUGCAUUAGGCUAUCUGCACAGCAUACACAUCAUAUACAGGGACCUGAAGCCAGAGAACAUCCUGCUGGACUCGCAGGGUCACAUCAUGCUGACGGACUUCGGCCUUUGCAAGGAAAGUCUGGGGCACGAUGAUAUCACCUUCACAUUUUGUGGGACCCCAGAAUACCUGGCCCCUGAGGUGCUGCAGAAGCAGGCGUAUGACCGCACAGUGGACUGGUGGUGCCUGGGGGCUGUUCUGUAUGAGAUGCUGUACGGCCUGCCUCCGUUUUACAGUAGCAAUACAGAUGAAAUGUACAAUAACAUUCUGAACAAGGACCCAGUGCUCAAGCCCAAUGUGUCUAAUGCUGGUCGGGCGUUGCUGGAGGCUCUGCUGCAUAAAGACCGAACUCAGAGAAUGGGGGCACGCAGUGACUUUAUGGAGGUCAGGAGCCACGCCUUCUUCUCGCCCAUCAACUGGGAUGACUUGAUGGCCAAGAAGACCCCGCCUCCUUUUGUCCCUCCUCUGGCUGGGCCUACUGAUUUGAGGCAUUUUGACCCAGAAUUCACCCCCCUCCCAGUGCCUGGUUCCCUGUGCAACCCUGACAGCAGCACAGUGACCAGCAGCAUGCAGGAGGCGGCUGCUGCGUUUCCCGGUUUCUCAUACGGACCUUCAGUUGACCAGGCCUUAGAUUAGGGGGGACCUACCUCCUUCCCAAUCUGCUGGGUGGUGUGGUCGGCGGCAUUUUCAUCUCUAAUCGGCAACACGUUUGAAGUGCAACCUCUCUGAUGUGUUUGUGGUCAGUGGACCAGGAAUGUGUGAACACAGAGGAUGUGAGAAUUGCAGAGCCAGAGCACAAGCUCGUGUACAUCACUGUAAGUACCCUCACCCAGGGUAAACCCAUUCACACAACCUAUUUUUGAUUACAAAUUUAUUUUGUGAAUUUAUAUUGUAAAAUAUAUGUUAUAUAAAAUGUCAUGUAAACACAUUGCUAAUGCACUCCGUAGAAGUUUAGAAAUUUUGGACACAUUUCAUUUAUUACACACAGUAAAGUGGGCAUGGCCAAUUUUUAAACUGCACAAGCCAAUGGUAACACAGAAAAUACUUUCUCCAUAAUCUAGACUACAAUGAUGUUCUCCUCUCCAUGUCACAUCCUGUAUGUCACAUCCUCCCUUUUGAGUUGCAUUUGGUGCAGCUUGAGUGUCUGUCUUUACCAGAGUUUCAGCAAGCUUGGCUGCAUUAAAUGUGUUCACACAAUGAAAUGCUUGACUAAUAUUCUGAUUAUCUAUGAACUAUGGACCAACCGUAUUUUGUGUGUGUGUAUAUGUAUCAGGGUUGUGUUAUUCAAGUCCAGGAUUCGAGUCCAACUUAAGUUGCAUUUUUGCAUGACUUGGACUUGGACUUGAGACAAAUGUGACUCGGACUUGCACUUGGACUCAGUAGUUUCAUGACUUGGACUCAGUUGCUUGUAACACUGUGAUUUGUAAUUACAAAAAGACAUCUAAACCUUGCAAUAUACAUUAAUAGUUCAUUUUAAAACAUGAAAAGCUGCUAUCCUACUAAAUGUGUCUACCAGUGCUUAUUAGAGGUAUGGUGAAAAAUUCAAGUACAAAUCGUGAUUCUUCACGGCGGCAAGUAUUAGAUUCCCGUGAGAGAAAUAUUUUUAAGUAUCACAUGAAACGUAGGUUAUUGUAAUUAUGCUGUUCACAUACUAUUAAUAUAUUUGCCCAGUUGCACACUGCCUGGUCUUAAGUGACUGACACAGUACUAUCAUCAAUGAGCAGGCAUGUGCAGAGACUUCAGUUUGGGCAGAUUUUGGAUUAUGUAAUGUAAACAGACACCUAGGCAUGAGUAUGGCUGUCUGCUAGGCUUCAUGGUUUGGUGCAAUUUCAGUACAGCAGGAAAAUGGAGGGGGGGCACUCUCAGCACGCCUACUUCCAGAGUUACUUAUAGACCUGCCAAACAAAUAUUGGUAUAUCAUAUUAUAGGGGGGUCUCCUACCAUUAAUACUUAUGCAUGAAAUGGUUCAUAUGUCUGCUUCCCAACCCACCGCCGAAAGUUAUAGAUGUUGUUGUGCCACCACAGUACUGAAUACUAAGUUGUAUGUAGUACUGAUACAAAUAGUUCUUUGCUAGGUAUCAUAUUUCUGAUUAACACUAUAUGAAUACUAAAAUCUAAAUUUAAUGUACAAAAUGUUUUAAUAAAACCAGUACACUCCUGUUUUGUACAUUACAUAUGUCUGUGUUUGUGCAUUUCUGUAUAAUGACUAUGUAUAAUGUAACACAGUUUUGUAUAUAAUGACUCAGACUUGGACUCAGCCACUUCUGACUUACGGUGACAUUACUACAACCCUGAUAUAAACACACACAUACUACUGUAUAGUACUGUAAAUUUGGUGAUUAAUUUUUUCCUGAAGGAGAAUUGACAAGAGAUCAAGCAAUAACAUAACUCGAAUGAAGCUAAGUGAUUGAGGUCAAAUCCAUAAUAACUGUCUUCUGCGCGCUUUGAUCUGGAAAUGACAAGAAGCCUUGGAUGCAUUUGGAUGCUUUUGUCCAAACUGACAGAAAUGUGACGGUCGGUCAGCAUCCAUGGAACAGUUGUGGUUAAAAGCUUUGUUCAGGGGCCCAGUGGUGAUGUUUCUCUGCCGGCCACAGAAUCUGAACCAGCGACCUUCUCACAGCCAGAACACUAUAACUCACAGAGGCAUCCAGGGCCCCCGCUUGUGAAAUGAUGCUUUCUGUUUGUUCGACGGAUUCUUUUCUCUGGUGGUCACUCAGAACAAUAAUACUGUGCUGUCUGGUUGUUUAAACCAAUGAGUUUGUGCUGUUUUUUCGGUCUGUGUUCAUUUUCAAAGUCUGGUUGUUCAAACCAGUGGCACUCUGGGCUGUUUUCUUCAGUCUGUUUGAAUUGUGUUUUUAAAUCUUCAUCCAAUGGGACUCAUUUCAGUGGGACAUGUAUUUUUUCAAUGUGGCUUUUCAAAGCCUCAAGAUACCUCUUGGUUUAUUUUUUAGCUCGAUUCCUGUCUAGUAGGUAAAAAAAAACUCGUGCCAUAAGCUCAGGUUGAGGAAAAGCCUUGAUAGUGAAAUAUAUGGAGAUGUUUCAGUCUGCUUUUAUAUUUUUAUCGUGUCAACUAACACAUUAAAUUUGUUAUUAUAAAUGCUGCUUUUAAGGCAAUUACUAAGAACAAUAAAAUUAUAAAAUACUGA